AUGGGAACGACUGUGAAGCUAUCCAAAGAUGAAAAUGGUGUCAAAGUUGAUCCUGCACUAUAUAGGAGCAUGAUUGAGAAGGAAAAAAUGGUGAAAACUCGUGGAGCUUCCUCUAAGAAGAUCCCUGCUUCUCAAUCCAAAAAGGUGCCCUCUCCAUCACCUCCUCCAUCUGUGUCAACGGCGCCUCCAUCUAUUCCAGCGCCAGCCACAUCUGUUGGGAAAACUUCCAAAUCCAAGGCGCGCAAGAAGGUGUUCUCCCUCUCUACUGAACACCCCAUGGUGUUUCCAGAUAUCACAGCUUAUAUUGUCGACGUUGCACCACCAUCUGAAGUGGUGGUGCCCUCUCGAGCCAAGAACCUAUCUCUUCUUCCGAUUGAAUCCUGUUGCUGCUGGGUUACUCAAGCUGCCCAUGAAGCGAGCCAGUCCAAGAAAAAUUCUGUGGCUCCAAAAAGAAAAUUGGAGUUGGACUCGUCUUCUUCCCCCUUGACUGCUGCCAAGAAAAGAUUGAAGGCUCAUCCCCCUUCUCCGUCUUCCUCUGAAGCUGACCCCGAGGAAGUAAAAUAUGAGUCUGAAGCAACCCAUGAUACCAUCUUAUCUGAUGAAUCUGUUCCUGACAAUGUGGAAUUAGAGGCUGAGUCUGAUGAGCCAGAACAAGAAGACAUUGUCCCCUCUGAACAAGAAGACGAAUCUAACAAAGAGCCAGUUGCAACUCCUUUGUCAUCCAAGGCUAAAGGCAAGAGACCCAUUUCUAAUUCUUCACCAUCUCCAAAACUUUCAGGUGUAAAUUUUAAACCUUAUUCUUCAACUUUUUGUUAUAAUGAUAAUGCUCGUGAUAUGGUUCUCUAUGCUCAAAGGAAAUUUAUCAUUGAGAGAAAUUAUGUCUUGAGUGAUCAUCGGCCUUAUGGUGUGCUAACAAUGCUUCAAGAUCGAAAAUGGACAAGUUCUUUGGUUAAAUUUACUGUGUUUGUUAGGGGCCAUUGGUCCUCUUUUUCUCCACACGAUAUUGCCCAUGCUUUGCAUCUUCCUCUUGAUGUCGAGGAUGAUGAUGAUCUUGCCUCUCUUGACAAGGAUGCAGUUAUCACUGAAUUAGUAGGGCAAAAAAUGGUAUGGCCAUCUAAUACAGUCAUCUCGGUCACUAAUCUCACCUACACUUAUGCUGUUCUCCAUAAGUUUGCCACAACAAAUUGGAAACCAACUUCUCACACUGCAACUAUCUCAUUUGACAUGGCCUCUUUUUUGUACAAAGUAGGGACCGGAAUUGGUAUAAACUUGGCUAUGUUUAUCUAUGAUCAAAUCAUUGGAUUUCGAAAAGGUAAUAGGAGAGACUUGAAUCUUCCUUUUCCUCAAGUUAUUUAUAAAGUUUUGAGUAUGCAGAAGAAAGAUCUCCAGCGUGAUCAAGAAGACUUGGUGGCUCCCACUACUGCUGCUUCCUACAAAGCCUCUGCUCCAACUACUGAAGCCACUAAUGCUCCAUCAACCAAGAAAGUCAAGUCCCAAUCUCUGAAGUUUUCCUCGGAUGACAUUCCUCAUGCAUCCUCCUUUGUUCCCACAGAUUCAAGACUUGUUGCUACAGAACUAGCUGUUGUUCGAGCCUCUGUUGAUUCUUUGGCUGCUCGAGUGAUGUCGAUUGAAGGACUGCAACGUUCUGUGUUGGAUGUUGUUCAAACUUUGUCCAAGGAUCCAAUCGUUUAG